AUGGGGGUGGUUAUCAACAAUCUUACAUUUAAUCAAGAUUACUCCUGUUUAUCGGUGUCGACUAAUAGAUAUCACAAGAUCUUCAAUUGUGAUCCAUUUGGAGAGUUUUACUCUUCCAAUUCUCAAUCGUUUAAGAAAUCGCUUACCAAUUCCAUUGGCAAUGAUCAUGAUUUGAUUAGUUCCGAGAUUAAGAAGAUUGAUGAUAAUAGCAAUGACGAUGAUGAUGACAUAUAUCCUACUGCUUAUUUGAGAAUGUUAUUUUCAACCUCAUUGACCAUUAUAAUCCCGCAAUCGUUUAGUAAAUUGGGGAACAGGCUACUCAAGAUCUAUAAUUUGAAGCAACGAUUAAAAAUAUGUGAAUUGACCUUCCCCUCGAAUAUUAUUGAUAUCAAAUUGAAUCGGAAACGAUUGGUUGUCUUUUUGGAAAUCGGGCAGAUAUAUAUUUAUGAUUUGAGUUGUGUUCGACUUAUUAAAGUGUUGGAGAUUAACUCAUAUCUUCAUGACUCAAUUGAUGACGAUGACGACGAUUCACCAAGGACAAUUACUGAUGAAUUUAUUGGGGAUUUAAGUACUGAUGACAAAUCAUACUUAGUGUUACCAAUAUCGGUUAUAAAUGAACAAACUGAUUUAUUUAAUAGCAAUGAUAAUGUAUCAAGUAAUGGGGAUGUACAAUCAUCCCCAUUGAUUAAGCCAAGUGAUUCGGCAAUUGUUAAUUCAUUGAAUUCAGUUAUUGGUUUCACUCAAAAGAAUAAACAAUCAUCAUUAUCUACAAAAGAACAUAUAAGUUUAGAAGAUUUGAAGAAAGAUUCCAAUGGAUGGAUUUUAAUUUAUGAUACGAUUAAUUUACAGCCUAAAUUAAUAUAUAAAGCACAUGAUGCAUCAAUUGCGAAGAUCACUAUAUCAAACGAUAGCUUCAAGAUAGCCAGUGCAUCAACAAAGGGAACAAUUAUCCGAGUAUGUCAUUUAAAAGAAGAAUUUGAAUCGACCAAACUUAAAAUUAUUCAAAUAACAAAUUUAAGAAGAGGGCAUAAUUUAGCUAGAAUCAAUGCAUUAAGUUUUAGUCUUGAUAAUACGAUAUUAGGAUGCGGGUCUGAAAGUAAUACCAUUCAUUUUUUCAAUUUGGUUAAAGAAGAUUCAAAUCAAGAAGAGAUAACCACAGACGAUUCUAGCUAUAAAAAUAGUGAAUUGAAUGAAAAUGAAUCGGUGGUCACCUCUAACAACGAUGAAGACGAUAGUGGUAGGUCUUCAGAAGACUUGAAUGAGAACUUAGCAAACUUAUUAAUUUCCAAAAGACCUUCGAAUGCAACAAUGACAAAUGCAGAAUUAUCAAAUAAAAAUAACUAUUUCUCCUUGAAUACUUUGAAAAAGACAACAAAAUUAAUUAACAACCAAUACACCAAAUCAAUCAUUAAGAACUUACCUUAUAGAGAAUACUUUGAUAAUUUAAUUUGGGAACCUCCUCGUCGUUCUUUUGCGUACAUUAAAUUACCAGAAUACACUCCUCCAUCAUUCGAUACCCGUCACAAAAAUCACCAAACCCUGGGUCCGUCUUCUCCCCAAAGUAUCCCUCAUCCCAGUUCCGAUUCUAAACAUAAAGUUGAAAUCGGCUUCACUAACACCGGCAUCAUCAUGCUAGCAUCCUACCAAACAGGCAACUUCUACCACUACCAAUUGCCCAAACAUGACAUGAACGACGAUUCAAGAGAAGAAUGCUAUCUCAUCAACCAGUACACCCUUCUGUAA